CCCCCGCACGGCGUUGCAUACGACGUUAAUCUUAUCAAGAGGUGGGAAACGAGAGCCAUUGUCUUGAAUGAGAAAGCCAUCGAGGUUAAUCGUUCGGAACACGCUUCCGCUGAAUGGGAAUCGAUUCCCAGGAUUAGGGAGGGAAUUUGGAGUAAGGGGGGAGGGAGAGACCAUUGGAUGGAGUAAGUCUUACUUCUUUUUUUCUUGCGGGGAGGAAAGAGGGCCAUAGAAAAGCGCUGGCGUUGACUGCGAAGGCCAAAUCUCAAAGCUGCGGCUCCAGAGAUUAAGGUUCGGCUGAGGACACCAGAAGCUUCCGCGGGCUUUAGGGGCCAUCAUGCCAAGGCAAAGAGGGGAGACUUGGGCCAGCCAGGAGACCACACACUUCCUCACCCUUUUGGGGGAAUUGAAGGUGCAGGAGCAGCUGAAUUCCUGCCACAGGAACCAGUCUGUCUACGAAGAGCUUGCCAAAAGCAUGGCCCAAUAUGGGUACAACCGCACUGCGCACCAGCUGCGCACCAAAGCCAAGGAUUUAAAGAGGCAGUACAGGCAACUUAAGGAGAACAAUGACCAACCCAGUGAAGCAAAUUCCUUCUGGAAAUACUAUGGCCUCUUGGAUAACAUCUGCUGCAAUGAUCGCCGCAUGAGACCAAAGGCAGCCACUUCUGCCGUGAAGGAUGAAAAGCAUACAGAGGAACAGAACGGUGCAUCGCAACCUGCAGGUCAGCUGCAUUCCAACAAGAGCCAGGGACCCAGGCUGCCCUGUGGUAGGUCUAGAGCCUCCCGAAGACUAUCAGUUACUUCCCUUGGUGCUUCUACCGGGAGCGCUUCGAUCGCCCAAGCACUACCAAGAAGAAUUCUACAGCGCCCAGCUGCCAGCACAAGAGCUAGAAAGUGUUGGUCUAUGAAACAGCUUCCUAAAGAAUUGCUACGCUGUAAUAGAAACAUGGAGGGCUUUCAGCAGUUCUUCCAAGACUACAUGGACAUAGAGAGGCAAGAGAGGGAGAAAAUCCAUAGGGAGGCUUCCAGAACCAGGAGGGAAAUCAAAACAAGUGCUAGUCAGAUGCGAGAAGUUAUUCUUGCGCAGGCGGAAGCCAUAAAUAGAGUGGCGGAAGCCAUAAACAGGUAUAACGAUCUGUAUGAAUGCACCAUCUCAGAACCAGACCCUCCCAGAGGGGAGAAACAAAUCUCGCACGUCAACAGCGGUCAAGUGGGAACAGCAGCCAAUCCAGCAGAAAGCCUUUCGCCCCACAGUUCACUUUGGCAGGUGAUGCAUCCAGGAAGUAUCCACUGUGCCCCUAGUGAAAAUUUGUUGGCAGAAGUUAUGGGAUAAUGGGUUAGAGUAUACCAAGGGUAAGACUGCCAUUUCUCUCCCUUUGCAGGGCUUCUGUGCUUUUAAUUGGAAUUCAGCAUGUACAACCUUGGGGAGUACUGGUUGUAUUCCUGUCUGUCACGCCACAUGAAGCCUUUUCACUAGUGAAAUAGUUGCUCUGGUCUAUGCCUGGAAGCAUAGACACACACAUGCGCACAGGAGGUUGUCAAAGGUUCCAGAGAAUUCCUACUUCUGAGUUUCUUUUAAUCCCCCCCCCAUUUUUUUUUAAAUGCCUUUUGGCAGCCCAAAUAAUGGCAGCUCUACCUAAGAAAGUUUGUUUUUAAAUGACUUGGACAAAGUGUGAUAGUGCUAGAAAUCAGCUGUUCAGCAUCUUGAAUUUUUACUAUACUUGCCUAUGUUGCUGUCUUUUGCUUGUUCUUGCACAAACGUUUCUUUACAUUUUUUAAAUAAAACAUCUGCUUGGUUUUACAUAA